AUGUCAUACUAUCAACCUAAUCAAUCAUCCCGAUCGGAUCAAAAUUCUGUCUACGCCAACCCUCACCUGCCUCAGCAGCAAGGUCCACAACCACGUUCCAGACCUCAGUCGACUAUUCACCACUAUCAAUCCCAAAUAAGUCACCAAGCUCCCCUACCGCCCCCUAGACCAGCUUCAGCUUACAUGGCUCCUUUUCCACGACAACGGCAAGUCAGCGAUGAACCCACAUAUCGACCUCCUUACCCUUCGAUUGUCCCACAGCGAUCCAGUCAGCUCAUACCUCCAUUCCAACAACAGACACGACAUACUCUACCGUUAUCUAAUGCACUACCACCUAGAUCGACCUCAUUAAGUGGUCCGAUACUUGAAAGUGCAGGAUAUCACCAUGAAAACAAUAUGACAUAUGCUAGUACUGUGACAGACACACAUACAUUCUACCAAUCUCCGACACCAGUGAACAGUCUUCCCAACUACGAAGAACGGGUUGAUGUUGACGACAAUCGAGUUUCCCUUCCAUCAAUACACGAUCCUUCUUCCAUAGCUGCACCAUUCUCCUCACUCUCUAUGGGGACUGGUACUCUUACUGAUACACCCUUCACUACACAUUCACAGGAAAUGCAACAUCAGUCAUACCCAUCAUCUUCCUCAUCUUCACUGUCAUCAGCAUCGACAGCCACCGAACCACCUCGCACAAUCCUUUUACCCACAAUCGAAUCAAUUCAAGAUAGGGUCUUAACCUUAGAUACCGCAGAAGAUAUUGAUCAGAUAACUUGGGCUCAAGAUGUAUUACGAUUAGUCGAUAGACACUUAACACCCAGCGGAGGAGGUGGACCAACAGAUUUUACACAUCCAGAUGCACCACCACCAAAUACAUCAAAAUUACCUCCUGCAUUGAAAGAUCUAUUGGAAAAUGCCGUACCUAUGAUUAUAGUGAUUUCAACUUCGACAAAUACGAAAGCAUCAGCUUUAGCUUGUUACCUCAAAGCGAAAAUGUUGUCGUCGGGUUUAUGUAAUGAUAUAUUACCUAAAAACCCUAGACAAGCCUUCAAGGAUUUCGAAAAUGCAGCUAGAAAUGGUGAAAUUAGAGGCUGGUUUAGGUUAGGAAGAGAUUAUGAAGGUGUAAAUGAUCUUUCAAGAGCGAAAGAUUGUUAUGAACGUGGAGUGAAAAGAGGUGACUGUGAAUGUACUUAUCGAAUGGGUAUGGCACACCUUUUAGGACAAUUGAAACUUCCUAUUAAUCCAUCAAUGGCAUUAUCACUCCUCCAACAAGCAUCUGAAAUAUCAACCAUUGAUUUCCCUCAACCAUCGUAUGUGUAUGGUAUGCUUCUUGCAGGCGAAUUACAAGUACCCACAGAAAUUCCUUCAAGUUUAGUCUUACCCCCAACAUCGAUACCUUCAGAUCUCCUAUAUACCCAGUGGAGCACAGCUAGAGAUGCGAUUGAAAGAGCUGCAUAUCUAUCUUAUCCACCCGCACAAUAUAAAGCUGGACAUCUGUACGAACAUGCUUCUCUUGGUACAUCGUAUGACCCUUUAGUAAGCGUCAAUUGGUAUACCUACGCGAGUAAAAAUGGUGAAACAGAAGCGGAUAUGGCUUUGAGUAAAUGGUUUUUAUGUGGUGCAGAAGGUCAUUUUCCAAAAAAUGAAAACUUAGCUAAAACCUUUGCUGAAAAAGCUGCUAGAAAAAAUCACCCUAAUGGUUGUUUCGCAUUAGGGUAUUAUUACGAAUUGGGUGUAGGUGGAAGGCAAGACCUCGACCAAGCUAGAAAAUGGUAUCACAAAGCUGCUUCCCUCGGAAAUGCCGAUGCUCCUCUCCGUCUCUCUGCUUUGUCUGCACCAAUACCCACAUCGAUUUCAAUGGCAGAGCAUGAAACUCGACUGAACGAUACGUUAGUCCGAAAGCGAACACAAGCUAAGAUCCGAUCCGAUCGGCAAUCGACUUCUCGUCCUACUCGUCGUAUAGUUCCACCUCAACCAUUACCAACACAAGCUUUCCCACAUCCUCAGGGCUACAGCUCUCCUAGACCUCAAGAAUGGGAUAAAGCACAUCCACAGAUCACCAUGCACAUGCCGAUGCCGAUAACGAUGCCGAUGCCAAUGUCUCCAACGCCAAUGUCGCCUGCCCCAAAAGUAGGAGAACUCAUGUCACCCAAUCCUAAUUCUGCAUAUGGAAUCUCUACUUCCACUUCAAAUACGUUUCCAAGACCUCCAAUUCCUCAUCAAUCAUUUAAUCGCCCUACUGCAACCCAAGAAAACCAAACUUUCCCAAGAAGACAACAAGGUCAAUCAAUAGGUAGGAUAGACGAGAAUGGUAGGAGACCUUCCGCAGUGUCUUCCAGUACUUCUCUCAGUGAUUUACCCAUACCUGAAGAAAGGAGGAAUUCGGCACCAGCACCUCCACCUGUACAGGGAUCAAAGAAAGAAGCGAAGACUUUUGCCGAAAUGGGUUUUCAGAGUAAACCUGUGGAAGAAGAUGGUUGUUCCAUCAUGUGA